AUGGGGGGGGCAGUGGAGGAGGCAGCAGUAGGCGCCAGCACGGUGGGUGCUGAGGUGGCACAGGAGGUGGCAGGGGCGGUGCAGGGGAUGGCAGACGCCGUCCAGGAGGUGGCCAAGGUGGGGCGGCAGGCGGUGGCAUGUAGUGCGGCGGUGGGGAUUGCGGUGCAGAGCGGUGCAAGGGGGUUGGUGAGAGAGCAAGUGGACGCCCUGGUGGUGGAUGCAGAUGCACGGGCGAUGCGCAGGGCGAACCUUCAGGUGCAUGGGGAUCGGGUGCUGGAGGGGUCGUACCUCUCCCUCCCAUAUGUUUUAGUCAACGAAUUGGUCGAAACCCAAGUAGUGGCGUUGGAGUAG